AUGGAGAGAUCGCCACUCUUUUUCGCCAGGCCAACUCUACACAACCGAGCAGUUCAAGGCCACAGCAGCCCCCAUCAACUCGUCAAAGAGCAACAUUUCAACUCGUGGGCCUCUGGAAGCAGGAGGAGGAGGCCCACUUCUGUGGAGUACCAUGACCAUUUCAACAAGGAUGUAAUUCUACUCCCUGACCCAACAUGGGAGUUUGUGUGCAAGCAAAAGUCCAAACAGUUCUUGCAUGCAAAUGGUCACAUACUCAGUGCUUUUGAGUUCCAUAAAUCAUGGAACCAGUUGACCCUAUUCCGACAGAUCCGGGAUGAGUUCAAGCCCAGAAUUCCUGAGGAUGUGAGCUUGCAGUUUCUAAUGGCCUGUGGAAAUAAACUUGUGACACCUAAACUUAAAGAAGGUCAAGAGUUUGAUGGUCACAUGAUUCACAAGGUCUUCAGGUCAAAAGCCUUGUAUGUAAAACCAUCAGUUGCUAUUCUUGGUUACAACAGUGAUACUGAGGAUCAGUCCUGUGCUAUCCAGGAGGGUCCCAGCACAAGGUCAAAGUCAAGGGCAACUCAUCCCAGGGAAGAUAGCAGCGAAGAGGGCCACAGCGAUGGUUUAAUUCUUGAUGAAACCGCUACCUCCAGCCUGCCACUCAACAGCUAUCUUCACACGACAAGCUCUCUGCCUCACACCACCAACUCCAGCUUCAGCUCUUCUGUCGUUCCAGUGACUACCAGUGUCACGGCUUCCAGCUCGACCAUUGCCCCCACAUCUGACUACUCUUCAUAUGUGACCUUAAUGAGAGAUGUCUCUGAUUUAUCGUCGGAUGAUGAGGAUUUAAAUCGUGCAAUACAAGCUAGCCUUCAAACUGAACAAGCCCAGGCAACUGAACAUGCCUCUGUUCAGGAGAUCCUCUCAGAGUUGGCUGAUAAAAUCUCGGCAAAUAGUCGCUGUAAAUUCAACAUCAACCGCUCGGCAGUGUUGGAUGGUGCCUUCCGGAGCUUCAAUCGGGCCACGUACGACCCCAAUGCCACCAUGAACAUCAAAUUUUCCGAUGAUCUUGGACGGAAUGAGGAGGCAGUGGAUUUGGGAGGACCAAGGAGGGAGUUCCUACGCCUUCUGAUGGAAGCUCUGAUGAUGUGCUCCAUGUUUGAGGGGUCAGAAUAUAGUCAGAAUCUGGCACUUGAUAUUCCAGGUAAUGUUUGUCCACUGUAG